AUGUUCACACUACCAUUAUUCCUACGUACCGGUCGUAUUCUUUGCUCUCGAAUAGUAUAUAGCCGUAUUUCACUAGCUGUCAACACCUGUUCACUUCGUCAAAUGUCCACAAUAACCAAGAAGUUCAUUAAUGAUCCAAAGAAUGCCGUGGACGACGCCCUCAACGGUCUCGUAAAUGCUUCAGAGAACGUCACUUUCGAUAAGAAUUGUCGUCGUGUUGUUCUGAGAUCCGAUUAUGUCGAUUAUUGCGCGAAAGGGAAGGUAGCGCUGAUAGCUGGUGGAGGCUCAGGACACGAGCCGUAUGCUGCAGGCUAUAUUGGCCCUGGAAUGCUCACUGCUGCAGUUGCCGGAAAUGUGUUUGCAUCGCCGCCGUCGCGUCAUGUCAGCGCAGCUCUAAAUUCAACUUCUACGAAUGGCGGUUCGAUACUUUUUAUUAUCAACUACACUGGAGACAGGCUGAAUUUUGGAUUAGCAGCAGAGCGUUAUAAAACAGGUGGACACGAUGUGCGCGUAGUUACAAUAGCUGAUGAUGUUGCUAUUGACAGUGCAUUGUCAACUACAGGAAGAAGGGGUUUAGCGGCAGCUGUUCUCGUCCUGAAGGUUGCCGGUGCAAUGGCCGAGAGCGGCAAAUACACUAUAGAUCAAAUCGAGACCAUGUCAAAGAAAAUGAAUGAUAAUGCUGGCACCAUGGGCGUCUCACUUUAUCCAUGCAGUGUACCCGGUCAAGGCAAGAUGUUUACAAUGGCUGAUGAAAUGAUGGAAGUUGGUCUUGGAAUCCAUGGCGAGCCGGGAUGCCGUCGUGAGCCUAUAGAGGCAGCACAUAAAAUCGUUGAUAUGAUUAUGACCAGACUUCAGAAAAUCGUACAGUUCUCAAAAGACGAAUCUGUAGUGCUUCUCGUCAACAACUUAGGUGGCGUUUCUCAAAUAGAAAUGGGUGUUAUAAAAAGCGAAGCAGUCAAAUGGUGUCAUGAACAUGAUAUCAAUAUUGCUCGAAUUCUUUGCGGCUCAUACAUGACUUCGCUAGACGGGCACGGGAUCAGCCUUACUGUUUUACGCUUAUUCGAUAAUAAUAUACUUAAUUACUUAGAUGCUCCCACAUUAGCACCAGGCUGGCAUGGAGCGGACAAGCUCGGAAAGGCAGAAACAGCCCCGUCAGCGGACAAAAACAUAUCUAUCUUAAGUCAUGGUUCCUCCAGAGGAGUACCUUUCACGAAGGAACAAGCUGAUCUAGCCAGAAAAUGUGUCAAUGCAGUCUGCAGUAAGAUGAUUUCCAUGGAAUCUGAGUUAAAUGCGCUCGAUGGUGCCGCCGGAGAUGGUGACUGCGGCUCAACAUUUGCGCACGCUUCAAGAGCAAUCACCGAACGAAUGAAAACGCUGGAAUUAAGCAGUGCUCAAGAUCUACUUUUCCGCAUCUCCGAAGUUUUCGAACAAGAAGUGGGAGGCACUGGCGGAGCGCUUUAUGCACUGAUGCUCAGUGCUGCGUCCGAGGCCUUUGCCAAGUCAGUCACUUCUCAAGACUUCGUUAUGGCCCUUCGAAAGGCUUAUGAAACUGUUCAAAAGUAUGGGGGAGCCAGACCUGGAGAUAGAACUCUGGUGGAUGCACUUCAUGCUGCAGUGGAGAAGAUUAGAAGUGGAGAACGUCGGUGGGACGUCAUCACAGAGGCAGCAAUAAAAGCAGCUCAAGCUACAGCUGAAAUGAAGGCCAGAGCUGGAAGAGCAAGCUACACAGCAAAAGAGGUGCAAACGAAACCCGAUCCCGGAGCAGUUGCAAUUUCUUCAUUCAUGCAUGUUUUGUGGGAUACAAUCAAGCAGUAG